CUGCACAGGGUACACAUGGAUGAGAACAAAGGCAAGAGAGACUCCAUCCAUAUGAGUUUGAAGGGAUGCCGGACGAAUAACGGGUUUGUCCAAAAUGAAGACAUCCCAGAGCAGGACCAAGACCCAGGCUCUAGGGCCACCCCACAGGCCGUGAAUAUCCCUGCUCCAGAGGAGCCUCAACUAAAGGCGGUGCGGCCCUAUGCGGGGAUGCCCAAGGAGGUUCUGUUCGAGUUCUCCAGCCAGGCUCGCUACCGGGUGCCCCGGGAGAUCCUCUUCUGGCUCACCGUGGUUUCCGUGUUCCUGCUCAUUGGAGCCACCAUAGCCAUCAUCAUCAUCUCUCCAAAAUGCCUUGACUGGUGGCAGGCAGGUCCCAUGUACCAGAUCUACCCGAGGUCUUUUAAGGACAGUGACCAGGAUGGGAAUGGAGACCUGAAAGGUAUCCAAGAGAAGCUGGACUAUAUCACUGCUUUAAACAUAAAGACUGUUUGGAUCACUUCCUUUUAUAAAUCGUCUUUGAAAGACUUCAGAUAUGCUAUUGAGGAUUUCAAAGAAAUCGACCCUAUAUUUGGAACAAUGAAAGAUUUUGAGAAUUUGGUUGCUGCCAUCCAUGACAAAGGUUUAAAAUUAAUAAUUGAUUUCAUACCAAACCACACCAGUGACAAACAUCCUUGGUUCCAAUCGAGUAGGACACGGAGCGGGAAAUACACCGAUUAUUACAUCUGGCACAACUGUACCCAUGACAACGGUGUAACCACCCCUCCCAACAACUGGCUGAGCGUAUAUGGAAACUCCAGCUGGCACUUUGAUGAAGUACGAAAGCAAUGUUAUUUUCACCAGUUUUUGAAAGAGCAACCAGAUUUAAAUUUCCGAAAUCCUGCUGUUCAAGAGGAAAUAAAGGAAAUAAUAAAGUUCUGGCUCUCAAAGGGCGUUGACGGGUUUAGUUUCGAUGGAGUUAAAUUUCUUCUGGAAGCAAAGGAUCUGAGAAAUGAAAUUCAAGUAAAUACAUCCCAAAUUCCGGACACAGUGACCCACUACUCAGAGCUGUACCACGACUUUACCACUACUCAGGUGGGAAUGCAUGAUAUUGUCCGGGACUUCCGGCAGACCAUGAACCAGUACAGCAGGGAGCCUGGCAGAUACCGGUUUCUGGGGACCGAGGCCUCAGCAGACAGCAUCGAGAGGACCAUGCUGUACUAUGGCUUGCCGUUUAUCCAGGAAGCCGACUUUCCGUUCAACAAGUACCUCACCACACUGAACACUCUCUCUGGGCAUACUGUAUAUCAGGUUAUCACAUCCUGGAUGGAAAACAUGCCCGAAGGAAAAUGGCCCAACUGGAUGACUGGCGGACCAGAGACUCCUCGGCUGACUUCUCGAGUAGGGAAGGAGUAUGUCAAUGUCAUGAACAUGCUUCUGCUCACACUCCCAGGAACACCCAUAACUUACUAUGGAGAAGAAAUAGGGAUGGGAGAUACUUCUGUUACAAAUUUCAAUGAAAGCUAUGAUAUUAAUGCCCUUCUCUCCAAGUCACCAAUGCAGUGGGACAAUAGUUCAAAUGCUGGGUUUACUGAAGCCAACCACACCUGGCUACCCACAAACUCUGACUACCAUACUGUCAAUGUGGAUGUUCAAAAGAGCCAGCCGAGCUCGGCCCUGAGGCUGUAUCAGGAUUUGAGUCAACUGCACGCCAGAGAGCUGCUUCUCAGCAGGGGCUGGUUUUGCCUGCUGAGGGACGACAGUCACUCUGUUGUGUACACACGAGAGCUGGAUGGCAUAGAUAAAGUCUUCCUUGUGGUUCUGAAUUUUGGAGAAUUAUCAACUGUGCUAAAUCUACGUGAAAUCAUUUCAGAUCUUCCUACAAAACUGAGAGUACGAUUAAGUACCAACUCAGCCUCCAAAGGCAGUGAUGUUGAUACACACGCCGUCUCCCUGGAGAAGGGAGAGGGGCUCAUCUUGGAGCAUAGCAUGAAGACGCUCCUCCAUCACCAGGAAGCUUUCAGGGACAAAUGUUUUGUUUCCAGUCGUGCAUGCUACUCCAGUGUACUGGACAUUCUGUAUAGCUUGUGUUAGCAGCUCCCUAAGGGAUGGCC